AUGGCAAUUCCUCCAGAAGUUUUAUGGGCUCAAAGAUCCAAUAAAGAUGAUGAAACUAAAAAUGUUUUAUUCGUCACUGUAAAGAUAAGUGAUUCUAAAAACACCAAGGUUGAUUUAACUUCAACUCAUUUGAAUAUUGAAAGUGAUAGUGAUGAAACAAAAGAUCAUUAUAAGCUAAAUCUAGAGUUUUAUAAAGAAGUUGAUCCAGAACAAUCACAUCAUCAUACAAGUGGUAAUUCAAUCUAUUUUGUCAUUCGUAAGAAGGAAAAACAAGAAGAAUUCUGGCCAAGAAUCACAAAGGAAAAAUUAAAAUAUCAUUAUAUCAAGACAGAUUUUGACAAGUGGGUGGAUGAAGAUGAACAAGAUGAAAAGGCAACAGAAGAUGAAUUAGCAGGUAUGGGCGGACCACCAGGUUUUGGCGGUGGUGCCAAUGAAAGUUUCAAUAUGAACGAUUUAGCUGCUUUACAAGGCUUAGCUGGUGGCCAAGGAGGUGCUGGAGGUGCUCCAGAUUUUAGUCAAUUGGCUAACUUAGCUGGUGGUGCUGGUGGUGAUUUUGAUUUCAGUAAAUUAGCUGCAGGUGCUGGUCCAGUUGAUCCUCAAACUACUGAAGCCGAUUUCAGUUCAUCUGAUGAAGAAGAUCAAACUGAAGAAGUUACUGAGAAAAAAGACUAG